AUGGUGGAUUACGUACAUGGUUGGCUUGGAGAUGGAUCAAGGUGGAUUACGUACGAGGAACCCAUUAAUUUUUUGCCUAACUUCCGGAAUCCAUGCUGGCAGCACCGGAAGAAUAAGACCGCCAUUAGAUGUCUUCCGUAUUUCUACUUGGCUGGCUUCCCGAAGUGCGGCACCACUGAUCUUUAUGAAAGGAUAUUUUUACAUCCGGGCACUGCUGCUGGCACGAUAAAAGAGAACUACUGGAUGAUCAAAGCUCGUUUUCAACUUCCUGGAAUAAAUUCUCUCGACUACUACGCAACAAAUUUCUUCGAAAGUGCAACAUCAAAGAUCAUCGCUUCUGUUAAAAAUGGCUUCCACCAUAUAAUAACGGGCGAUGGAACUCCGUCGACAAUUUGGCAGCACGAGUAUUGGCGCCUUAUUCCUGGAAACGAGUGUUGCAGUGAACCAAGACUAGUCACUGCUCAGUACAUCAAACACGUGUACCCAGGGUCAAAGUUCAUAGUGUUACUCAGAGAUCCCACGGAGCGACUGAUUUCAGACUAUUUUUGCUUCCGUCAUCCCGUGUCAUUACAAACCUUUGAACUGGAAGUGGAACGAGUUGUAAAAAUGUAUGAAACUUGCUUCGGGCAACGAUCUGAGAGAUCUUGUUUCUAUGACAUCACAUUUGCGAGAGAGUCCAAUCUGAUUCAUCUAAUGUGUGGCCUGUACUACAUUGCCAUCAACGAUUGGCUGAAAGUUUUUCCACGGGAGCAGUUCUUGUUUAUUCCAUUCCAAGACUACGCUCGCCAUCUUGGAAGAGAGCUAAAACGCGUAUACAGUUUUCUUGGUUUAGAUCCGCUUCCCGAUGAUGUGAUGCAGAGAAUAGUGAACAGAACAACAUCGAACAAAGGAACGGAUAAACCAAAACUUGCAGCCAAGACGAUCGAGAUCCUUAAGAAAUUCUAUCGACCCUUUAACGUGAAGUUGGCGUCACUUCUGGCAGACGAUCGCUUUCUUUGGUUUUGA